UCUGCUAUUGUCGCUAAUCCUGACAUUUGCCCCUCAGCUCCUCGCUCAGCUGCUGCUUUCUGUGGCUGUCGCAGUAUUAAACUACUCUGGUCCGUUCUUCUUGCAGCGCAUUCUGCAGUCGAUCGAGAUUAUUGGCAAUACUGCCGUGGGUGGUACUCCAGCAAAAUCGAUCCGUAGUGCAUAUCUGGAUGCAUUCGGGCUGUUCGUCUUCACACUCCUAAAUAUGCAGCUUAUUGACCAAGCGAUGUGGAUUGGCCGUCAUAUGGAUUUCCGCAUGAAGGGUCUCUUGGUUGGCGAGCUGUCUACCAAGACCUUGAACCGUCGUGCAAAGGGAUCACUUGAGGGCGUCACAGGCGAUGACGAUGAGGAUAGCAGCGACAAUGGGCUAGAGUCGGCGCAGGAAGCGACAAACGGCAAAAUAAUGAAUCUGCUCACCACAGAUCUCAACCGUGUCACCAAGAUCGUCGCCUACCUGGAUGACCUGUACACGCUGCCUCUGUCAGCAGUCAUUGGUGUCAUUUACAUGUUCAAGCUGCUGGGAUGGUCAUCGCUCAUCGGAUUCUCGAUCGUGAUUCCGUACUACCCACUGACAAGGAAACUAUUCAGCUAUCUGUCGGAUCUUGAGGAGAAAACUUUGGAGCUGAGCGACGAGCGUGUGGAAGCGAUUACAGAGCUUCUGCAAGGAAUCAAGGCUGUCAAGCUCUAUGGCUGGGAGUCCCAGUUCCUCAAAAAGAUCGACGCGCACCACGAAAAGCAGCUGGGUUCGAUGUGGAGAUGGCUACUUGGCUGGGCCUAUGCAUCCAUCGUCACAUCUCUGUCACCGAUGAUCGUCAUGGUACUGAUACUUGCAUCGUAUACCGGCAUAUUCGGACAUCAAAUCAAUGCCGAGAUUGCAUUUACAACGAUCUCGGUGUUCCAGCUUCUGCGAAUUUCACUGGAGCAUUUCCCCGACUUUUUGAGCUGGGUCAUUUCGGGCUAUGUGUCGCUGAAACGUAUCGAUUCGUACCUUGCGAUGCCUCAGGCCCAGGACCUCGAAGAGCGGAUCUGUCGAGUAGAUGGCAGUGAUGAUGUGCUAGGAUUUGUCAAGGCUAGUCUAGUCUGGGACACACAUGGGAAAGACAGCUCAACUAAUUCGGACGAUGAUACUGGGUAUAUGGCGAAGGUCGACGAGAACACACCACUGAUAUCAGAUCGCUUCGACCCGUUCAGAUGCUUCAUUGGACAGCCAGCAGGAGCAGCCAGAUAAGGUUGCAUUCAGGCUCAAGGACAUCGAUAUUCGCUUCCCUGCUAACAGGGCUAUCGGUCAUUGCUGGUCCGAUCGGGCAGUGGCAAGUCAUCGCUG